AUGUCCUCAUCCACCCUUCACUGUUUUCAACUUUUGCCACUGGAAUUACGCCAACGCAUAUGGACACUGAGCAUUCAGCAACGCGAAGUUACGAUCUGCGUCGCUUUUAGCCGGGUUGAUGACAAGAAUAUACCGCGUUACUACUACUCGCGGACAUCGGUGCCGCCCGCUCUGCAAGUAUGUGGAGAAUCUCGCUCAUAUUUCGAGACGUUUCACUACAGAAAGGCGUUCGUUCAAGGUAUCGAACCACGCUAUGUAUGGAUCAACGUCAACGACCUUGACACAAUCCGCACCAAUAUCCAUCAACUGGGCUUUCUCGACAUUGAGCGAUCGUUGAUGCGACGGUUGACUGUCGAAUGCGACCCCACGGUGGAUAGCUUUUGGUACCGGAUUGACGAUAGAGGACCACUCCGAGGUAAUAUACAGGUGUUUUCAGACGUUCUUGAGAGUCUGCUCAUUAUCCAUGAUACCAUCGGGGACGAUUCUGAAUGGUGGAGAGAUUGGAUACAGUUCAUGGGGGAGUAUUACUAUACGGACGACCCAGUAUCGUACUACACGAAGAUAAUCAAUCCAAAGUUUCCGGAGAUUGACGAGCUCGUUCCAGGAAACUACGUGAGGAGAGAUAGGGACGCUCGCAAGGAAUUAGCAGUGAAGCUUUCUGAUGACGAUGGGCUUUCGGGCUCGGACGACGACGUAGAUGGAGACCGCCUUUGGAUAUGGAAGCACACCCAAAACUGUGAUUGCAAUAUACGGAACAAGUCACGAUUUACCGACCCAUUCAAUAAUACGAAAGUCAGAACGGAACCUCAUCCUACCAGCCCUGGGCAUGUACGACUUCUCAGAUCUCUUAGCAUACAGUCGGGCUAG